AAUCUCGUGUUCAGUUUUUGAUGAUGUUGUUGAUGUGAACGAAAUUAACUGAAAAUGCACGCGUUGUUUGGUGAACAAAGUCCUUAUACCUACCGCGGUGGUGCUACCGGCGGAUAUUCCGCGGGAGUGACACCUUAUGCCUACGAACAAUACAGAUACGGUUAUGGUGCUCCAUAUCUUCAUCCUCAUCAGCAACAUGUUGGCACCCCCAAAGAUAUGGUGAAACCACCAUAUUCAUAUAUAGCACUGAUUGCAAUGGCGAUUCAAAACGCUCCCGACCGGCGAAUAACUCUUAACGGUAUUUAUCAGUUUAUUAUGGAGCGAUUUCCUUACUACAGAGAAAAUAAGCAAGGAUGGCAAAAUUCAAUUCGACACAAUUUGAGCCUCAACGAAUGUUUCGUUAAGGUUGCCAGAGACGAUAAGAAGCCCGGUAAAGGUAGUUAUUGGACUCUCGAUCCCGAUUCAUACAACAUGUUCGACAACGGAUCUUACUUGCGACGGCGGCGCCGAUUUAAGAAAAAGGAUGCAUUAAAGGAAAAGGAAGAAGCGAUAAAACGACAACAACAACUGCAACAAGCGCAAGAAGCGUUAGCAGCACAAGAAGCGCUCAGUGCAGCGGAUGCGCUCGGGCAACAGCGGGACGUCAAGCCUGAUGUUAAGCCGCGCAUCUUCGAGUGUAGACCUAAACGAGAGCCCGGCGCAGAUUGUGCACGGUACGAGAAACCUAAUGAUGCUCUUGAUGAGUUCAGCGAACCACGACUGCCUUCUUCCGCGGUAUAUUGCUCACCACAACCGUAUUCAUUGGCUGCGGAGGAGUUCCGAGCGGCUACAUCAGGCUGGUAUGCAGCCCCCGAACCCCCCGCCGAACAGUUACCACCAGUAUUUAGAGAUCUCUUUGAACCACCGAGUUGUCAGCUAGCCGGUUUCCGCGGUGGUUCUCCCGUUCCUGAUGCAUAUCGAGCGUCACCACCGCCACAUCAUCAUUACCGCACCUCCGCUCCAUCGUAUUACCACCAUCAAGCCUGCGUUGCAGCUGCACCCGCACCCGCUCACAAGUCCUACUGAGACAUCGCCCUCAGAUUAAACAUUGAUGGACGCGUGGGAGGAUGAAAAAGGAAGAUCAUACGUAAUAAGGUGAUGAAGUGAAAAAUUGACUUUUUUAUAUUCAUCGAAACGAACGAAGUUUUAUUUACUUCUCUGGAAGACUUACAUUAGUUUGUAUAUUUGUUUAACUUAGCUUAAUAGUUAAAUUAUUGUAUACCGAUAAAUUGUUUUAAAUUUAUGCGAGUAAAGGUAUUUUCAAAAUCAUUUAUUAUUGAGUAGUUCGUUAGGGAUCACUAAGAUAAAGUCAUAAGUUUAUGUCGUCUGUAAAUAGGCGAUGCAAGCAACUCGAAUUGUUUAAUAUAAAAUUGAAUAUUCAUUAGAUUAGACUAGCUGUAGUUCCAUGUAGUUAUACACUAUCUAGUCGUUUUCUUUGAGUGUAUGUAACGAGUUGUAAUUUGUUCGUGUUCUCAAAAAACAAAAUAUUUUCAAACAUUGCUAUUCAAAUGUCUGUCUUAAUAUUGAUAACUGACACCCUGAUGUGUUUUAUACGUCAUUAAUUGUAAUAAUUUAAACAAUCAAACAAUCCAGUUACAUUUAUAAUAUUAGUAUUUAUAUUAUGUAUUUCUAAAGAAGCGAUAAUUAAUAAAAAAUACUUAUUUAUCUACAGUUAUCAUAUUCCAAACUCUCUGAAUGGUGAUAUUUUUAGGAAAAAAACUUAAAUUAAAUAUAUAUGAUAUGCCUCCGAGUAGUGACUAAACAUAGGGAUGAACGAUUCUCAAUAGGCCGGAAACACACUCGCGAGACUUUUGGUACUGUCAGUGGUAGUUUCACAGAUGAAGUGAAGUGAAGCUCCUGCCAGUUUGGCCCCGGUUUUAUAAAAUGAUGAUCAAAAUAGAAAUAAUCUUUUACUUGCUUUAGGAUUGAUAGUCUUUCUUGAAGGUGAUGUAUAAUUUCAAAAAGGAUUGUCUGAUGUUUUUGCCUCUUAAGAAUUAUACCGGAAUUGAUUAGCCAUAUUUCAGAGUCGAGCUCUAAAAGAAAACGGAACUGAGCUUUGAUAUUUAAAAUAUCAUAUUCAGAAAAUAAAAAUGUAAAUCAGUAAUGAGAAGAUAAAUUUCAUAAGCUUGUUCCAUUUAUUACGUAUUCCUCAAGAGAGGUAACUGAACUACUCUUGGUACAGAUUUAAGACCAAAAUAUGUAGACCUAGUUAUACUCUCAUUUCGCUUUUCCACUUUGAAAUGUGGUAUGAUAAAAUUACGCUUUGUAUUUUUAUGGAUAUAAUUCUAAGUUCAAACAGUUAAUAAUAAUCAACAGCA